CUCUCUCUCCGUUCGAGAAAGAAAUCAAGAACUCUAGCGAGGGAAAACAAAAGAAUCAAUGAGUUUUAGAGGGGAAGAGAGCGGAGGCGAGGAUGGGCUGCGUGGACAAGAUCGGAGCUUCCUCUGCUUCGGUCAUCAGGGACUCCUCCGUCUCCGUCGUCCUCUGCACCCUCAUCGUCGCCCUCGGCCCGAUACAGUUCGGCUUCACCGGGGGUUUCUCCUCCCCUACUCAGGACUCCAUCAUUCAUGAUCUCAACCUCUCCCUCUCCGAGUUCUCUGCAUUUGGAUCGCUAUCCAACGUGGGCGCUAUGGUUGGUGCCUUACAAGCGGGCAGCUUGCUGAGUAGCAUUGGACGCAAAGGGUCAUUGAUGAUCGCCGCUAUUCCGAACAUAAUUGGCUGGCUUGCCAUUUCUUUUGCAAAUGACUCCUCGUUUUUGUACAUGGGUCGGUUGCUGGAGGGUUUUGGAGUAGGGGUGAUCUCAUAUACGGUGCCUGUAUAUAUUGCUGAGAUAGCUCCUCAGAACAUGAGAGGAGGCCUCGGCUCAGUGAAUCAGCUCUCUGUCACCAUAGGGAUAAUGUUGGCAUACAUCUUCGGCAUGUUUCUCCCAUGGAGGAUGCUUUCUAUUGCAGGAACACUGCCAUGCAUAAUCCUGAUUCCGGGAUUAUUUUUUAUCCCGGAAUCCCCAAGGUGGCUGGCAAAAAUGGGAAUGAUGGAAGAUUUUGAAGCUUCCUUACAAGUUCUAAGGGGAUUUGAUACAGAUAUUACUGUUGAAGUAAAUGAAAUCAAGAGAUCUGUGCAAUCGGGUACCAGGAGAACUACAAUUCGAUUUACGGAUCUCAAACAGAGAAGAUACAGUGUUCCUCUUAUGAUCGGAAUUGGUUUACUUGUCCUGCAGCAACUAAGUGGAAUCAAUGGUAUCUUGUUUUACGCCAAUAAUAUGUUUAAAGCUGCUGGAGUUACAAAUAGCCAAGCUGCUACAUGCGGACUUGGGGCCAUUCAGGUCAUUGCUACUGGAGUUACCACAUGGUUGUUGGACAGAGCUGGGCGUCGACUUCUCCUUAUAAUUUCUAGUGCCGGAAUGACUAUUAGCCUUCUUAUUGUUGCUGUCGCAUUUUAUUUGAAGGAUGCUGUUUCACAUGAUUCUAAAUUCAACUUUAUACUGAGUGUUCUCUCACUGGUUGGACUUGUGGCUUAUGUCAUCUCUUUCUCUCUUGGGAUUGGGGCCAUUCCAUGGAUCAUAAUGUCUGAGAUUCUCCCUGUUAAUAUCAAGAGUCUUGCUGGCAGUGUAGCAACUCUUGCCAACUGGUUGACUUCCUGGGUUAUCACGAUGACUGCCAAUUUACUUCUGAGUUGGAGCAGUGGAGGAACUUUUACGAUCUAUACGGUUGUCAGUGCUUUUACCCUAGUGUUCGUGAUCUUUUGGGUUCCUGAAACAAAGGGAAGGACUCUAGAGGAAAUUCAAUGGUCAUUCCGAUGAGUUACCCAAAUGAAGUCGCUGCGGAUUCUAGACUGCCAUAUUUUGGAUGACAUACCAUCAGAUGCCAGUUAAAGCUUCAAACAUUUUCGGCUGUGCUACUGCUGCUGCUGCUAGUAUUGUUGUUAUCAGAUUUCGUGGAUAAAUUGGUCUUACCUCUUUUGGGCUCUUCUCGUAAAUUUUUUUACUUGUACUGUCCUUUUAUGUACUAUCCUUUUAUCCAAUUGAUUGAAUUAAUAAGAUAUUCUUGCUUGCAGUGGAAUUGUAAGGUUUUGAAUAAAAAAAAAAUGAAUUUUCAUUUCUUUA